AGAAGUUGGAACUUUCUUCCUGGUUCCGGAAUCACGGAGAGCUGCUUUUUGAAUUGGACCGAGUUUUCUGUAAUUUUCUCGAAUUCUUGGGAAAUCAUGGUAGAGGAGACUCAGAGGACUGCGUGAUUACAGAAGCUCUCUUGUUGAGGACUCAAAGAGUUCCGCGGGCUCAAAUAAGCCCUCUCUAUCUCUGUAAUCAUCACAGCACUGAUUACAGUGCUUUGACAACUCAUGGAGUGGAUACUGAACUCCGCUAAAUACGGAACGCUAGGCGGCAUCUUGUACAGGUUAUUCAUCAUGAAAACUUCUCUGCCGCUGCGAGAGCAGCUGACUCCGAGGGUCUAUCGAGUCUUAGGAUGCAAUCCAGGAAUAAUGACACUCCAGGGGACUAAUACCUAUCUCAUCGGGACCGGCGAGAGAAGAGUGUUAGUUGAUACCGGGUGUGCGGAUCAUCCAGCGUACGUCGAUUCUCUGAGGACGGCUCUACAUGAGCUCGGAGCGAAAAUAGAAAAGAUUAUCAUCACCCAUUGGCACCACGACCACAUAGGCGGGGUUAUCGACCUGAUGCGCGAGGGCAUCGUCGAGAUAUCGACUCCGAUCGCGAAGAUCCCCUUCAGUGAGAAAGAUGACGCAACCGGUCUGAAAUUCCUGCCCUUGCACGACGGUCAAGAGAUUCGGGUGGAGGGUGCGACCUUGGUGGUACUGGCCACUCCUGGUCAUACGAAAGAUCACGCGUGUCUCGUGUUGAGAGAGGAGCGCGCCGUGUUCUCCGGCGAUUGUAUACUCGGUGAAGGCUCCUCUGUGUUCGAGGAUUUCGGGCCCUACAUGAAGUCCUUGCAUGCUAUCGAACGGCAGGCCCCAGAGGUUCUUUAUCCGGGUCACGGACCAGUGGUUCUGAAGGCUCUGGAUAAAGUUAAAGCGUACAUCGCUCACAGAUUAUAUCGGGAAGAGCUCAUUCUGAAAAGCCUUGCCGAAAACGGUGGCGCGCCUUUGACAUCGUGGGAGAUCGUUGAGAAAGUUUACGGCGAGGAGAUCCCAAGGUUCAAAUAUCCGGCCGCCCAAAUAAAUGUAGGGCAUCACCUGUCGAAGCUAAUCGAAGAUGGAAAAGUGAUCAAGCGGGAUAGACAGGAAGGAUUCGUAACUGUGACGGAAGAGUAUACCUUGACAUGAUAGUUGGAGGAAAUCAGAGAAGUUGUAGAUUCUUCAAAUUCAUGCGACGAUUUCAAGACGUUUUCAGUCUGGCGUCGAGUCGGGAAUAUUCUUUCAAUUAUGAAUUAUGACAUAGCCUAGAGGAGGAACUGGAGAGUUUCCCAAGGUCAUGCAUCAGCCUCCGAACAAAGUGUUGCAAGUCGGUUGCAAUAAAGGAGACAAGUAUUU